AUGGGUCGAAAUACGCCGCCUAGUGGCGAUCCAGAGAUGGCCAAACUGAAAGAUGAUGAAGUAAUAUCUCCAAUUAUACCUUUAAAGCCCGGCACUCAAACAGUAUCUGAUACCUUGACUUCUCGUCUCCUGAUACCCCCAUCAUCAGCGUCAUCAACUCCCUCAGUUAAACCAACGCCAGCAAUCACCAUUUGCACAACGCCCAAGCCAGUCCAUAAUACAGACAACAAUGGACCUAAGUGCUCUGACUCAAACCCAGCUUCUAACUCAAAUACACCGGCAUCCAAUGUCGAGAUCUCCGAAUCAACUUCAUCCAAUACGUCCCAGUCAUAUUGUCAGUGUCCAAACAGUAUCAAUAAUAAUGAUACAGGGCCUCCUUGUACUCCUCCCAUACAACCACCCACUCUUGAAGAGCUAGUGGCAAACUGUUUCCUUUAUGCUAACGAUUACUCUUUCACAGAUGUUCCCAUGCAAGUCCAAUAUAUUAAGACUUUCCAGCUGCUAAUCUCAAAGUAUCAUGCGGAAGAGAACCUCAACUUCUUGAUUGAAAUAUACAAGUAUGAAUAUUUGUACCUAAAUUAUCAACAAGAGCAAGCACAACAAACACAGAGCAACACAGAUGAAGGCAGUGAUGAUGAAUUGGAUAAUACAGAAUUAAAUUUGGAUCCCAAUAGCCCGAAAACUGAUUCUUCUCCUACUGAUUCAAACCAACUCUCAACUUCAUUGAAACUUCCAGUACUCAACACAUCGUCAUCAUCAUCAAUUUCCCUUCUAGUUAGGAAAUCCAAGGCUCCAAGCAUGUCCAUAUCGAGAACAGUAUCACACAAACUGGAUAUAUUCCCUUUCAGUGACGAAGAAUCAUUGAUUAACAUGGAUUUAUUUGAGCAUCUGGACACUACUGGGGAAAAUAGUAACGGUCCAGCCUUAACUCCAGCAGAAGCAUUAUCAUCAGUUUGGGACAAAUUUAGAAGCUCUGAGUUGGACAAUUCCUCCGAACAAGGUAGUGAACUUUCAAAGAGCAUCCAAGGAAAUGAGUCUCUUGCUUCCUGUUCAGUCAUUCGGGCUCCUACUAACCCAGUUGAUGUAGUAGAUACAGUAUCUAUAAAUUCUGCAACUUCUUUUUCCAAAGGAACAAAGUGGUUUGCUUUUGAUGAGCGCAGUAUCAUCCAACAAUGGAACUUUAUAAUAAGCUCUUACAUUUCACCAUUUUCAUCGCAGCAGAUCAAUUUACUGCAAAGGGCCUCUGAUUUUCUUUUGUCCUUAAACAAAACAAGCAUGCACGAUCCAAUCCUUUUAUUGGAUGCCAAAAAGGAGAUCAUGAGGCUAUUAAAGGAAAAUAUAUACAUAAAGUUCAUUCGAACUUUAAGGAAAGAGUACAAUCUCCGAGUGGCUUCGCCCACAAUGGUCACUCCUGUUACCAGAUCACCUUUAUUUCACGCUGCCAAUACUUCAUUCAUGGCAGACUCGGAAACAUCACACUCUCUUGCUAUUCGUGGACAUCAGUCUGUUGCUACAAACCUUGCUAGUCCAUCACCUAUCUCACCAGCAGCAUCGAAUGCCAAUAGUCGUCUUAUUAAUUCACCUGAUCUAAUUAUGUUGCGACUGCCUGGUGAUUCACCAAUUUCCCUUACUCCUGUUAUUUCUAAAGAUUUUCAAGCCGGUACAUGUUCAAGUCCAAGUUCCAAACCACCGGCUUCCUCAAAUUCUCCUGUGCCCACUAGAACUUCAACAGCAACAUCUACCACAACAAAUGGACUGAGUCCCGUCACUAGCCCGAUGAACUUAAAGAGGCUUGCUAGUAAUAGUCGGAGGAUGAAGAAAUUCAUUCCUGGAUUACAUCAGUCUUCUACAUCAAUGAAUUCUACUACCGGCUCUUCGUCGUCAACGGGUGGUACAUCUGGAGUUGAAACCCAUAGUACUACACCUUCUACUUUGGAUAGAAGUAUACAUAAUUCGAAAACUUCUACAGCACACCCACACAAGGUGGACAGAAUUCUCCAACACUUGGCUCAAAGAGCUUCUGUUAGAGCCAAGAUCUCUAAAUCAACUGUUGCUCGUGCCACCGUUGUGUCUUUAGCAUCCAAAUCAAAGUGUGUUUCUUAUGCGCCCACCAGACCUUAUUCUACUCGUUCCACUGUGGUUCAGUUGUUACAGAACAUUGGAUCCAAGAGAGAAGUUGAACAAUAUUUGAAAUAUUUCACUUCUGUUUCCCAACAACAAUUUGCUGUUAUUAAAGUUGGUGGUGCCAUUAUCACUGAUCAGCUUCCUGAGCUUGCCUCCUGUUUGGCGUUCCUUUACCACGUGGGUCUCUACCCCAUCGUUUUACAUGGAACUGGACCUCAAAUCAAUGAGCUAUUAGAGAACGAGGGUGUUGAACCAGAAUAUAUCGAUGGGAUCAGAGUCACGGAUCCUAAGACCAUGGAGGUGGUUCGUAAAUGUUUCUUGGAACAAAACUUACGUCUUGUGACUGCGUUGGAAAAAAUGGGCGUUCACGCAAGACCUAUUACUGCCGGAGUCUUCACUGCUGAUUACUUGGAAAAGGAUAAGUAUAAGUUGGUGGGUAAGAUCAACGGAGUUAACAAGUCUCCCGUUGAAGCUGCUAUUUCCAGUGGGUAUUUACCAAUUUUAACAUCUCUUGCUGAGACUCCCUCUGGUCAGUUGUUAAACGUCAAUGCUGAUGUUGCUGCUGGUGAAUUGGCUAGAGAGUUUGAACCCUUGAAGAUUGUUUAUUUGAAUGAAAAGGGGGGGAUUAUCAACGGGAACACCGGUGAAAAGGUAAGUGUCAUUAACUUGGACGAAGAAUACGAAAAUUUGUUGAAGGAAUCUUGGGUCAAAUACGGAACCAAGUUGAAGAUUAAAGAGAUCCACGAUUUGUUACAACAUUUACCCAGAUCUUCCUCUGUUGCGAUUAUCAAUGUUGAUGAUUUACAAAAGGAAUUGUUCACCGAUUCUGGAGCCGGUACUUUGAUCAGAAGAGGUUACAAGUUGAUCAACAGAAACACUUUAGAAGACUUUGGGAACCCUGAUUUGUUAAGAAACGUUUUAUUAAGAGACCCGGAAAUCAAAGCCGGUAAGUUAAGCGUGGCUUCUUAUUUGAAGCAAUUGGAAUCCACUUCCUUCAAAUCUUAUGGUGAUCAACCUUUAGAGGUUUUGGCCAUUGUUAUCGAAGAUAAGAACGAUAGCAAGGUUGCUAAAUUGGACAAGUUCUUGUCCUCCAGAACCGGGUGGUUGAAUAACGUUACCGAUAACAUCUUCAAUGCCAUUAGAAAGGACUAUGACAAGUUGUACUGGGUUGUGAACGAGAACGACUCCAACUUGGCAUGGUACUUCUCCAAGUCUUCUGGUUCGUUUGCUAAGAACGGUCAAAUCUUAUUCUGGUUCGGCUUGAACACCGAGGAAGCAAGUGAGUUGAUUAAGGAGUUCGAUACCGCUCGUAUAAACUCUUCGUUGCUGUCAGCCACUGAAUCUGGUGUCUUCAGUAGUCCAGCUCAAAAGAGGGGCUUGCACACUUACAGCAGGGUAUUCAAGAGGGACUUUACUGUUGCUGCUCGUCGUUCCUUGACUACCAGUGGCAAACCCAACCCUCCCAUCAAGGAGACUACCAACACCAAAAAGUCUAAGAUUGCCUUGAUCGGUGCCAGAGGUUACACCGGUCAAAACUUAAUCAGCUUGAUCGACAAGCACCCCCACUUGGAAUUGUCCCAUGUCUCUUCUCGUGAAUUGAAGGGCCAAAAGCUAGAGGGCUACAACAAGGAUAACAUCGUGUACUCCAACUUGCAAGUGGAAGAUAUCAUCAAAUUGGAGGAGAACAAGGAGGUGGACAUGUGGGUUAUGGCUUUACCCAACGGCGUCUGUAAACCAUUUGUUGAUGCCAUUGAAUCAGUUGAAUCAUCCAAAUCAAAGAUCAUUGACUUGUCUGCCGAUUACAGAUUUGAUACUACGGGCUCAUGGGUUUACGGAUUACCGGAAUUGAAUGAUCGUAAGGAGAUUGCUGAAGCCAAGAAGAUCUCCAACCCUGGUUGUUACGCUACUGCUGCCCAAUGUGGUAUUGCUCCUUUAAAGAGCUACAUCAACGGGUUGCCCACUAUCUUUGGUGUCUCUGGUUACUCUGGUGCAGGUACUAAACCUUCCUUGAAGAAUAAUGUCGAAUACUUGUCUAACAACUUGGUUCCUUACUCUUUGACUGAUCACAUCCAUGAGAAGGAAAUCGCUUCGCAAUUGAGACAUCCUGUUGCCUUCAUGCCUCAUGUCGCACAAUGGUUCCAAGGGAUUUCGCACACUAUUUCUAUUCCAAUCAAACCCAAAUCUUUGACUGCUAGAGACAUCAGAAACAUUUAUCAAGACUUUUACAAUGGUGAGGACUUGAUUCACGUUAGUGGUGAAGCACCGAUCGUCAAAGAUAUUUCUGGUACUCAUGGUGUUGUCAUUGGUGGGUUUGCCUUGAACUCUCAAGAAGAUCGUGUUGUUAUAGUUGCUACUAUAGAUAACUUGUUAAAGGGUGCUGCUACUCAAUGUUUGCAGAACAUUAACUUGGCUUUAGGUUAUGGUGAAUAUGAGGGUAUUCCAAGUAAUAAGAUCAUCAGAGGAUAA